ACACUCGGGCGGCCAUCUUGAACAGACCUGUGGAUCACAGAAGGAAGUCAGCCCGCCUCUCGAACCUCCUCGCCGGCCACUGGAACCACCAGCAAGACCCCCCGCCGGCACUUGGGAGUCAAACAGCAUUUUUAAUAGCUAACGUGAGGGGGCGCUGACUCAACACGACGCAGAGUUCGUCGAAGAAGAGCACAGAACAACAACAACAAACUACUGUACACUGUCAAUAUGAUUUCAACCAGAAGACUAAGCAAGGAGCUUGAGGAAAUCCACAAUUCUGGAUUCAAACAGUUUCGCAACAUAGAAGUGGACGAUGCAAACAUUUUGAACUGGCAAGGACUCAUUGUUCCUGAAAGCCCCCCCUAUGACAAAGGAGCCUUCCGGGUGGAAAUCAUCUUCCCCACAGAGUACCCCUUCAAGCCCCCCAGGAUCACCUUCAAGACCAAAAUCUACCAUCCCAACGUGGACGAGAAGGGCGGCGUGUGUCUCGGCAUAAUCAGCAUCGAGAACUGGAAGCCUGCCACCAGGACCGCUCAAGUCAUCCAGUGUCUCAUCUCCCUGGUGAAUGUCCCGCAACCCGAACGUCCCCUGAGGGCGGACUUGGCCAACGAGUACACGGAAAACCGAGAUCUGUUCAUGAGGAACGCCGAGGAGUACACAAGGACACACGGUGAGACGCGACCCCUGGACUGACGUGCUCCUUGUUUCCUUUAAAGACCUUCUGGUGACUAGUCGGGCUGCGGCAAAAGACGAGCUGAAUGUGUCCUGAACUAUUUUAUGUAUGUAAGCACAAUUGUGUGCUGGUGUUUGUACGCUUUAACACCGUCUUAUUAUUAGAGUUGACAAUGUUCAAAACUGAUGAUUGAAUCUGGUUUGGGUUGUGGAACCAAAAGUGGUCCUGGGUCAUGUUUUAGGGCUGAUGAAUGCUUGAAAAUGUGCAGCUUUAUUCCCAUGCUCCCUUUCCAACAUGUUGAACUGUGAAUUGUAAAUAAUUGGGAUUUUGAUGUAACUUGUCAGCAUGUUCAAAAUAAACUACUUCUGAACUCUUU